AUGGCGGUUAGCCCCGCGAACAAUCCGAGCGCCCCCUGGGUGCCCGAGCGCCCGAGCGAGCGCGCGUGCCGCGGGCAGAGAGAGGACAGCCCUGUCCACUACCCCAUGGACGAUGGUGGCAACCAGGGCCCCCUCUCCCUGGAAAACAACCACUCCCACUUCAUCCUGGUGGACCCGGGCACCCCUGGGAAGGUCAGUGAGCCCACAGAGCUGCAGCUGAGGCUGGAGAAGCACAUCUCGGAGCAAAGGACCGGCUACGGGGGCUCCAGCAGCAUCGAGAUCCCCGUCCUCUGUCUGCUGGUCAACGGUCACCCCAGCACCCUGGAGGUAGGCAGGGGCGGCAGAAUUUCCAGGGCCGUGGAGCACGCUGGCCCGUGGCUGAUCCUGGCGGGCUCGGGGGGCAUCGCCGACAUGCUUGCUGCCCUGAUGAACCAGCCCCACCUCCUGGUGCCCCAGGUGGCCGAGAAGCAGUUUAGAGAGAAGUUUCCCAGUGAGAACUUCUCCUGGGAGGACAUCGUGCACUGGACAGAACUGGUAUGCACCGGCCAAGACCGCAGUCAGGAGGGCCAAGCGCCCUCACGCCUGGGGGCGGAGCCUCAGUCUGUGGGUGGGGCUGCCCUGGGCCCAGCGGGCAGAGGGCUGGCAUUCUCACGGGGGGAUGUGGGGUCGUAUACCACGUGCCCGGCCCGAGGCGCCAACUCGGGGCCUUUGUCCAUCUUCAAGGCGCUGGUGAAAGCCCACAAGAGCCGCAGCCAGGAGGCGCAGGACUACCCGGAUGAGCUGAAGCUGCCCGUGGCCUGGGACCGCGUGGACAUCGCCAGGAGCGAGAUCUUCAACAGGGACGUGCAGUGGAAGUCCCACGACCUGGAGGAGGCGAUGACGGUCGCGCUGGUGAGCAGCAAGCCUGAGUUCGUGCGCCUCUUCGUGGACAGUGGCGCCGACGUGGCGGACUUGACGUACGGGCGGCUGCAGCAGCUCUACCGCUCGGUGCCCCCCAAGAGCCUGCUCUUCCUCCUGCUGCAGCGCAAGCACGAGGAAGGCCGGCUGACGUGGGCCGGGCUGGGCGCCCAGCAGGCCCGGGAGCCGCCCGCCUUCUCCCUGCACGAGGUGUCGCGGGUGUUCAGGGACUUCCUGCACGACGCCUGCCGUGGGUUCUACCAGGCGGAGCAGGGCCCGGUCCGGCAGCCCACGGGCCAGAAGGGGCUGCUGGACCUGAACCAGAGGAGCGAGAACCCCUGGAGGGACCUGUUCCUGUGGGCAGCGCUGCAGAACCGCCACGAGAUGGCUACCUACUUCUGGGCCACGGUGAGGACUCCGGGGAGGGGCCGGGAGGGCGUGGCAGUCGCUCUGGCCGCCUGCAAGAUCCUCAAAGAGAUGUCCCACCUGGAGACGGGGGCCGAGGUGGGCCGCACCCUGCGUGAGGCCAAGUACGAGCAGCUGGCCCUGGACCUCUUCUCCGAGUGCUACCGUAAGCUGGUGCACCGGAGCCGCUCAUGCAGCAGGGCCAUGUGUCUGCACCUGGCCACCGAGGCCGACACCGAGGCCUUCUCUGCCCACGACGGGGUGCAGGCCUUCCUGACCGAGAUCUGGUGGGGGGACAUGGCCUCGGGCACGCCCAUCCUGCGGCUGCUGGGUGCCUUCCUCUGCCCGGCCCUCGUGUACACCAACCUCAUCACCUUCAGUGAGGAGGGCCCUCUAAGGACGGGCCCAGAGGACCUGCAGGGGCUGGACAGUCUGGACACGGAGAAGAGGCUGCUCUGUGGCCCGGGCAGCCGGGCGGAGCAGCUGGCCAAGGUGCCAAGAACUCAGAGCGGCCGAGGCCCACGAGCCGCCUCCUUGUUCACGCGCUGGCGGAAGUUCUGGGGGGCGCCCGUGACCGUGGUCCUGGGGAACGUGGUAACGUACUUUGCAUUCCUCUUCCUGUUCACCCACGUCCUGCUGGUGGACUCCAGGUCCCCUCCCCAGGGGCUGUCGGGGGCUGAGGUCACCCUCUACUUCUGGGUCUUCACACUGGUGCUGGAGGAGAUCUGGCAGGGCUUCUUCACAGAUGAGGACACGCACCUGGGGAAGAAGUGCACUCUCUACGUGGAGAACCACUGGAACAAGUGUGGCAUGGUGGCCAUCUUCCCGUUCGUCGUCGGUGUCACCUGCAGGAUGCUGCCCUCAGUGUUUGAGGCCGGCCGCACGAUCCUUGCCAUCGACUUCACGGUGUUCACGCUGCGGCUCCUCCACGUCUUUGCCCUCCACAAGCAGCUGGGCCCCAAGAUCAUCAUCGUGGAGCGGAUGAUGAAGGGCGUCUUCUUCCUCCUCUUCCUCCUGAGCAUGUGGCUUGUGGCCUACGGCGUGACCAGCCAGGCGCUGCUGCACCCCCAUGACGGGCGCCUGGAGUGGACCUUCCGCCGUGUGCUCUACCGGCCAUACCCACAGAUCUUCGGGCAGAUCCCACUGGACGAGAUCGACGAAGCCUGCGUGAACUGCUCCGUGCACCCCCCGCUGCUGGAGGACUCGCCCUCCUGCCCCAACCUCGACGCCAGCUGGCUGGUCACCUUCCUGCUGGUCACCAACGUGCUGCUAAUGAACUCGCUCAUCGCCAUGCUCAGCUACACGUUCCAGGUGGUGCAGGGCAACGCAGACACUUUCUGGAAGUUCCAGCGCUACCACCUCAUCCUGGAGUACCACGAGCGCCCCGCCCUGGACCCGCCCUUCAUCCUCCUCAGCCACCUGAACCUGGUGCUCAAGAGGUUCUUCCGGAAGGAGGCCCAGCAGAACGGGGCGCGCCUGGAGAGGGACCUGCCGGAGCCCCUGGACCAGAAGAUGGUCACCUGAGAGGCGGUGCAGAAGAAGAACUUCCUGAGCGAGCUGGAGAGGCGGAGGAAGGACAGCGGGGAGGAGCUGCCGCGGAAGACGGCCCACAGGGUGGACUUCGUAGCCAAGUACUUCGGGGGCCUGAGAGAGCAGGAGAAGCGGGUCGAGCGUCUGGAGUCUCAGGUCGACUACUGCACGGCGCUCCUCUCCUCCGUGGCCGACAUGCUGGCCCGCAGGAACAGCUACUGGAAGCCCCAGGCCCCAUGGGCGCGCCGGCCUGCCCCCACCUCCAGUGGAGCCCGCCAGCAGGAUGUGGCUCGGGGCUUUGCCAAAAGGAACGACUCGCUGCCCUGGCCGGCACCUUCCCUGGAUGUCCUGGGCCUGGGGUGCAGCGGUGUGUCGUGGGCCCCCCCUGACAGGCAGAGCCCUCAGGACCCCGACCAGAACCAACCAGCCAGGCCCAGGAGAGCAGACACUUGUUGA